CCGAAGAUGAUAGAAACAUUGUUUUAACUCCUACAGCGGCUAGAUACAACGAACAAGUUGAGAGCAAGUUACAGAAAAGUAUUUUGUUGAGAGACUAGACUGAGAGACCGUAUUGUAUGACCGCAUGAUAUGAAAAGAAUCGCUGCACAGAAGAAACUGCCAGACCCAUAUUUUAUAAUAUACAAAAGAUAAAGAAUAUUGGAAGCAUAUUGAUCGUAAAGAUAUAUAUUUUGUCGGGCAAACGAAAAUCGUGUAUUUAGAAAUGGUUCGAAGAAAGGCAUUGCAAGGAAAUAUGAGAUUUGGAAAAAUAGAUUAACAUUACCAGAUGUAUUUUAAGGUGAUUAAAUGUAUUCUAAGAAAUAUCGAUCGAUUAAGAAGAAAAAUGUCUGCUAUCAGCGAUAGUAACUUGGGUAAUGAUAGCACGGCUGGGAGCAGCGGGGCUGUAGGUGAAUGUAGUAAAUUGAGUAAACAGCAGCAAUCGGCGAACGUUCUACAUAGGAUUAGCGGUACGCUGGAAGAUAAGAACAAUGAUUAUCUGUGUCCCAUUUGUUUCGAAUUAAUCGACGAGGCUCAUAUCACGCGUUGCGGCCACACGUUUUGUUACCGUUGUAUAACAAAAUCGUUGGAGGCCAACGGAUGUUGCCCGAAAUGCAGCUACACGUUGACCCAACAAGACAUCUUCCCGAAUCAUUUGUUACACAAACUGAUAUCCAAAUAUAAAACGCGAAUGAAAGGUUUCGCCGAGUUGGGUUCCUCGUACGAUGGCAAGCACAGGACAGGCACGGACAUAUCCGCACCGGCGUACGACGGGCUGCGAGACCUGGUCGCUGCCGAGAGCUCUAAUCUGACAUUACCAGAAGUGAACGUGUUGCUGGAAGCGUUGACGCAGAGGAAAAAUCUGUUGGAAGCGGAAACGUGGGCGGCGCAAAAUAAGUUGCUCCACGAGUUUCUGAAACACUUGCUGCAGCAGAAGGAAGAUCAAAAGAAUCAGUUGCAAAAGCAAAUAGCGUUGAUCAAGAGGGAUAUGGAGGAAGUAGAGAAUAUUUUGAGAGACGUGCAGAACAAAUGUCCGACAGUGGAGGAACUGCAGAAAUCGAGCGAUACCGAUAACCCGCAGGUCUCGGCUAUUAGAAAAGAAAUGAUCGGUCUCAUAGACAUGAUAGACGCGAACAUGGUGAAACCAAACGAAAAAGUCGUUGCUGGCGGAGGCGACGCGUUCGCUAAUCCCACAGGGAGCAGAAAGCAACCCGAUUACAACGUUGGCUCGACUCUGGCUAUACGCAGGAAGAGAGUACACGCUCAUUUCGACGACUUUGUUCAAUGUUACUUUGACUCUCGCGCCAAGGAAUUGGUCCUCGGGCACAAGUCACAGGCUCAGAGCGACUCAUGGCAGGGUCUGAGCUCUGGACUAGACGUGUUCCGAGAGAACCUUGCGAAAUUCUCGAGAUACAAAUCGCUACGUCCUUUGGCGACUUUAAAUUACUCGUCGGACAUUUUUAAUGUAUCCACGAUCGUGUCCAGUAUCGAAUUCGACAAAGACAACGAAUUCUUCGCGAUAGCUGGAGUCACGAAACGUAUUAAAGUAUUCGAUUAUACCGCGGUAAUAAGAGACACCGUAGAUAUACACUACCCCUGCGUGGAAAUGGUUUCUAGCUCAAAGAUAUCGUGCGUCUCGUGGAAUUCGUUUCACAAGGGGAUGCUAGCCUCGUCGGACUACGAGGGAACUGUGACCGUGUGGGACGCCGUGACUUAUCAAAGAACAAAAACGUUCCAAGAGCAUGAAAAGAGAUGCUGGUCGGUCGACUUUAACGACAUAGAUCCCAAGCUCAUAGCGUCCGGCUCGGACGACGCCAGGGUCAAGCUAUGGCAUUUGAACAAUGAUCAUUCCGUCGCUUCCUUGGAAGCAAAGGCUAACGUGUGUUGCGUGAAAUUUAAUCCACGCAGCUCGUGCCACUUGGCUUUCGGUUCCGCCGACCACUGCGUCCAUUACUACGAUCUUCGUAACAUGAAGGAAGCGCUAUGCAUUUUCAAGGGUCACCGCAAAGCCGUCUCCUACGUCAAGUUCAUUAAUAAGGAAGAAAUCGUAUCGGCUAGUACUGAUUCUCAACUAAAAAUGUGGAACAUUAAUAAUCCGCAUUGUCUGCGCUCGUUCGUCGGACAUGUUAACGAGAAGAAUUUCGUCGGUCUGGCCACCGACGGUGAUUACGUCGCAUGCGGAUCGGAGAACAACGCGCUUUACGUCUAUUACAAGGGACUGUCGAAACAAUUGUUUUCGUACAAAUUCGAUGCCGUUCGAAGCAUAUUAGAGUUGCAGGAGCGAAAGGAGGAAGAUCUGAACGAAUUCGUCUCCGCGGUUUGCUGGAAGCAAAUGUCCAACGUCGUGGUAGCUGCUAAUUCUCGAGGGACUAUUAAAAUAUUAGAACUAGUUUAAACAUAUACAUCUGUCUCUAUGAAAUUGCGUUAUUGCAGAUAUAUUUGAAGAUUUAUUCAAUUAAAUGCUCAGAUGCGAAUAACAACGAGAUAUGAAAAUUUAUUCUAAAUGUUAUAGUAAUUCGCUGUAAGGGAAAAUAUAGAGGUACAACAGAA